AUGUCGCUCUAUCGAAGCUGGGAGAAGGCUUACGGCCUAGAACCCGACUCCGUCUCUCCUCCGGAAAAGUUUGAGCUGCCCGCGAAUCUUCCGCCAGCUCCGCACCUGGAGGACUGCUCCGCGCGCACAGCCUUCCGCCUGUCCGCGGAGCAGAGGGGACCGGACGGGUCUGCGCCCAACUGGACCCGCCCCUCCAACUGCUGCAGCUGCAGCCCGCAACCCCCUUGGGUCCGUGGAGAUGAUCUGGCCAAUCUUGCGCUGACACGUGUCGUGCAGAGGGACAUCUGGGAGAGCCAGUUCCCUGCCACGUGCAAGGGCAGGCGAAUCCUGCUGGCGGAAUGGGUAGACGGACCGACACCAGGUCCAACCCAGACAGCAGCAGCAGCAGGGGCAGCAGGGGCGGACUUCGGGGCAUUUGGCAUGGGGACGCAAAUCCAAGUCAUGUUUGCGUUUCUGAGCAUUGCUGUGCGGCAUAACCGCACGCUAGUGUUGGCGCCAGGGACGUAUUCCAGAGCCAACAACUCGGCAUGCCAAGCCACAGGUCAGAUGGGCGCCUGGGAGUGCUACUUCUUCCAAAUCUCCUCUCAGGAGUGCGUGGAUGAGGCUGUAGCAGCUGUAGCAGCCAACCAAGCUGCUUCGGCCAACGGACCUGACAUGGAGGCUCGGCUGGCCUCGCCGGACCUGGUCGUCAGGUUCGCCGAUGCAAGGCAUUUUGAAGACAUGGAUGGGGCCAAGCGGUGGGGCAUGCCGUGGAGGGACCGACCAUCCACAGUGGAGGUGCAGGGGGUGCUGGAAGGCGCGGAUGAGAGGACCAUGCAGCAUCGGUGGUGGCACGCCCAGUCAGCACGCUUCCUCCUCCGCUGGCCAUCCGCACACCUCUGCCACGUCAUCAACCACAUCCGCCACGUCAGCUACGGCCUGCGAGUGGCCGUGCACAUAUCUGACAUCAGCACAGAAGAAUCUUCCAUCAUCCAAUCCCUCGAAAAGGGCACCAGCUUAUCGGGAAAAGGCAUUCCAGAUUUCAAUAUGACCAAGGAAGCAGAGUUUCUUAAAGGCAUCAACUUUGCUCCGCCAAACCUGGAGACUGACGUCUGGCCCGGGGAAGGCUUUGCUGGAUGUUUGGUUCGGGACACGGACGGAGAGAAACCUGCCACUAUAGACAAAACCUAUAAAGAAGUCGGCGGGGAGGUGUUUAUGUUCCGACCAAUCGUGAGCGUACACGUGGCGCAUGGAGACGCUGUGCUGGAGGGAAGGGGAGCCCAGGGGGGUUUACCGGAAGGAGGGUCUCGAGUAAAGCUGAGGUCGCUAGGAGUGUACAUGUAUUUUGCGUAUCAGCUGCAGCUGCAUGUUCCGACCAUCAAUCAUGCUUGGUUAAGCACAGAUGCACAGUCUACACUAGAGGAGGCUAAGCAACUGCGUGACUGGAGCUUCUUAUAUUCCGAGCACCCAUCACAGCCGACAGUGCCGGCUGGUGGUGUGGCAGCUGGGGAUGGGAGCGGCGACCUUUCUGCAAAUGACAAGACGGUUGCAGUAAAAUUCGCAAAUCUGCUUAUCGCAGCUGAGUGCGACUAUUUUGUAGGAAUGCUUGGUUCGAAUUGGAACCGGCUUAUUGAUGUUUUGCGCAGCACCAAUGGCAGGCUUUUCUCAGGCUAUAUGGCCUUAAACUUAUGA